AUGUUCUUUGACAAAGACGGAAUAUUGAUUGCAACCUAUCCAAUCAUAUCAACCAACACAGAGACACUGCUCAACUAUUCAAGGACUGUGAAUGGUGGAUUUCCAAAUGUCUACAUGAUUGAUAUUUAUACCAACAAGACUGUCUCGCCAACUGGAAUACUAGUCAUAGAUGAUCACACAAUCCAGUACAUCUUUGCCCAACUUCCAAUAUCGGACAAGUUGGUCUUUGCAUUCAAAGACGUCUUCCAAUGGGGUGGACACUUUGUUAACCCUCAAUACGCAGCUGUGUACUCUACCACGGCCAACCCUCCGGCGCCCAACACACUACCAUCGAACAAGAUGCUGACCCAGUUGGUUGCCAAGCCAUGCCACUCAUCAAUUCCAAUCUGUAAGGCCGAUGACAUCAUGUACAACGAGUUGCAACUUGAUGUGAGCUUGGCCAAAGGCAACAUAUCAAUCCAAUUCGAUGAGUAUGUCUUUGCUGGCCAGAAGUAUCAUACCUACCUAUCUAUAUUGAUAGAGGCAUUGGGUACAAUAAUAGACUUUCCGUUGACCUUGGGUGACCAGCAGUAUCAGUUCAUUGCAGAGGGCCAGGCUGAUCAGUUCUACAAUAUCUACUCGACUGCUGUCGAUCAGAUGAUCGAAACUGUCAAGACCAGCUCCAUGAACUCAUUUAUCACUCAAUUCCAACAAGGAAAAUUCACCAAUGUCACUGUUGGUAAUGGAACUGCCGUACUUCCAGCUAACUUUGAUUGGACUGGAUACAUGUCUAAUCCAUACGAUGAGAAGUUCAUAUUCUACUCUAAACUUGGAGGAAGUAUCACUAUAUUGUGCACGAAAGGUACUUUCUUUAAUUUGUAUCCAGCAAGGGGAGUUUAUUGUCCAACUGGAUCGACUAGGAACUCUGGUUAUCUAGCCUCAACACACCACACGUUAAGAAAUGGACCUGUUAUGAACAAGUACAACCUAAAUUCAGUUGUGCCAGUUGUCACAAGGUGGUUCAGAAUCACCAUGCUUGGAAAGUCCUACACUUUCUCCACCACUCAGCUUAGCCUCACCGAUGAAAAUCUCAACAUUAACUUCAAGUUCAACAAUGAUGCCUACAACUGGAACUUGCAAGGAUACUCAAUGCUACAUCCAAAGGAUGGAGGACCAGUGACUGGAGCGAUAUUCGUUCCGGACAAUGUGUUUGGUCCCGGAUUGAAUCAACUCGGAAUGACCCAGGACAGCUUCUUUGCCCAACCGAACUUCUGCUCCCAGCUACCUGGGGCGGGAAUGGACCACCAACUCGGCAAGUACGCCAACCAAGGUGAUUCAUUCAUCAACAACUACAUGUCAUCAAUGUGGUCGCAGUGUGAUGGUACCCUGGAUGACGGCACGUACCGCACCAAGGUGAUUCCUGGGGGCAAGCUGUCCUGUGAAGUGAUUCGCGACAUUGGUACUGCUGUGUUCCAAUUCCGACAAGGUGCCAUUCCCAACUUCCAGCCCAGUGUUGGCCAGCCCACCAACAAUCGCACCAGCAGCACCAGCACCACUGAUGGAUGCGACGGAGUGUUCAUUGUGGAUGUCUGCAACAAUGGUAACCUAUCCGGACAGAUCUUCAUGGAUAUAACAUGCAACAGCCAGCCAGAUGAGGUCUACAUCGAUAAUAUCAACAGGUUCCAGAAUGUGAUGCCAGGUCAGUGUCUGCCAUUCACUGCAAGAGUGGUGUACAAGGAGUAUCCCGCCAAGCCCUUGGUGUGUCGAGUCGACCUGUCAAUCAACAAACAACUCCUCUGGACAGACAAGGGCAUGGCAUCGUCAGCCAACUUUAGUAUCCCAAUGUUUCCAACAUGCCACAAAGUCAAUCCUUGUCUGAACGUGGUCGGCCAGCCCAAACUUGACACGGUCCAACCUGUGCCCUCUCAGUUUGUACAGGUUGAUCGCUUCCUCUACACUACCUACCUCGAUGUCGUCAUGAACAACAAUGGCCAGUUGGGAGGUAACUUCUCAGUCAACAUCACAUGCGCGACAGAGGGUUCUUUUGGCAAUGUCAUUAUCGUUGAUGGCCACUUCCAACAGAUCACAUACAUUGACGCAAUGAGCAUGGCUACACAACGAUUCACACUGAUGGUCGAGGCAUCGCCCAACCCCAACACAUACAUGGUGUGCAAGAUGAUCUCAGCCGUGUACAACCCAAGCAAGUGUUGGUCCCUUGUCGACUCGGACACUCGUACAUACAGUAUCCGCAUGGCCAUCCCCUCGGACCCCUGUAUCAAGUACCAGAACCAGCCAACAAUCAUCAAGUCUCUGAAGAUCUGGUGGGAGAGCGUACUUGCCAAUGUCAACUUUUACCUCGGCCUCAUCUCAUCGGGCUGGGAGAAGGUGUCUUCACCACCCGCCACACUUCCCCAGCCUUUUGCUCGUGAGCAGUUUGACCCUUCAAUCAAUGACAAGGCACAUAUUGUUUCGUCUGGCCAGCUCUACAAGACGACAGUAACAACGGACCUACCAUUGAAUGGAGGCACUGAGGUUGGUACAUUCAAAGUCAGAAUCACAUGUGAUACUCAGUACAUCGUUGUCAACGACACACAAGUAGUCGAAGCUAGGCCUGGUUCCGGCUCUGUUCAAACAGAUGUGUACUCCUACGCUACCAAUUUAAAACAUCCUAAUGCGGUGUGCCGUGUCGAUAUCCAAGUGCUUAAUCCCAACACUUGUUGGUUAAGCGUUGGACUUUCCUACAACCAGUCAGUCCAGGUCUAUCCUCCGUACGACUCAUGUGAGGGCGCAUCAUUCUCGCCCAGCUUCCCACUCGCCCCACCCACGACCUUAGUUGAACAAACAAAGAACAGCGUAGACAUUGAUGGCACGGUUAGGUUUGCAGUCUCAUCUGUGCCAGCGAAUGUUGGAUACAACAAUGGUCACCUGGAGUCUACACUCACAUGUAGUAGCAACCUGACUGUUGUGAGCAACAUCUUCACAUCAUCUUGCAACAUUGCACCCAACUCAACAUGUCUGGUACAGUUUGAAGUUGUCGUCAAUGCAUCAUAUGCAGCAGCGCUAUCAUUGGUCCAGCCCAUUACAUGUACAUUGAUGGUACACUACCUCAACCCUUUUGGGGACCAAUGCCUGUACACCACCUCGCCCUUGGGUCUCGCUCAGACCAUCGCAAUCCUGCUACCUAUGCUCACACUUUGUCCAGCGCCAAACAACAUCAAGGUCACCUCAGCCAGCUCGAUCACAGUGGACCAAUGGAUGACGUCCAGUUCAUUCCAGAAUGUGACCGUCUCGCAUUCACUUAAAGUCGUCAAUAGCGAGGCAAAGUCCGGUAAUGCCCGAGUGGUAUCAGCCAUCAUUCCUGAGGGUGUGGCACUCGUGGUUGACUGGGCCGCCUCAAUUACCCAGUGUUACAUCCACUCGUAUUCAUCAUGCCAGAUGUCGAUUGUGUUCUCUUCCAACACGAGUGGACAUCUGGCCGCACAAACCAACGUAACGUUCAAUGUGGAGGUGGACUUUGAUGGCGAGACAUGUAUCUCGACCAACACUGGCCAGCCCUUGCCCACGACCAUCACCGUCAGUUUACCAGCCGAUCAGUGCAAGCUCGUCAAUCAACCAUCCAUGUUCGUCACCACCGAGACAAUAGAGUCCAACCCAAACUACUACUUUGUGAACGAUAAAUUGUUCCAACUGGACGAAACAAAGUGGACCAUCGCAUCGAAUCAAACUGGCAACGCGAAGUAUAAGUACUCCAAGCUCGUUUCAGGAAGCGUUUGGAAUCGUGGUAAAGUUGGAGGAUACCUCACAUUGUCCACUCGAUCAGAGGACAACCCUUCAGGUGGCACGUUCUACAUUGAUGGCAACGGCCACACCAAUGGCACCAUCUGGUUGAAGGAGGACCAACCCUACUACUUCACGUUCAUCCUCUACACUGACGACCCAUACCAAGCUGUGAAGUUUAGUUUCUACAUUGUAGCCAGGUUCAACAUGGAGCCUUGCUUCUCUCCGUUUGGCACAGUGUACCAACAGAAGGUCCCAGUGAACUUUGAUUACCUUCUUCGAGUGGACAACACCGCGGCGAUGAACAAACGCGGCAAUGACAUCCUCCUCCCACUUAUUAUCGCGCUUGCCAUUGUAUUGGCAACAUCAUUGUUGUUGCUGGCAUACCGCCUACGACAGAUUGGUGCCAAGCGUAUCAAGAAGAUGAUUAAGAACCCUGGAGCGGCAGUGGAGAGCAUGUUGGCAGAGGUCAUUGGCGUGGCGGCGGUACCGCCACCGGUGGAGGCAGCUGCACUGGAAGGUGGUAGUGGUCUUGGAGAAUUCAAAUGUCAUUGCUCCGCCGUACUACAAAAGACAUGUCCCACCAUGCCAUCCAGCCAACCUCUACCGCGAUACCUACCACCUUCGUGA